UUUCAGACGCUCUUUCAGACUAACCCUUGCAAGCACCCUAUUGUGUUCCUCAAGGAUGUCAAGGGACAAGAGCUGGAGGCUCUCAUAGAAUUUAUUUAUAAAGGAGAAGUGAGUGUAUCACAGUCAGAACUAGCUUCCCUGAUAAGUACAGCUGAAAAUUUAAAGAUAAAGGGUCUUGCAGAACCAGAGAGACCAACAGAAAAGACUGUUAAAAGAAUAGCCUCCCCUCCUAGACCUCAGCCCCCUCCCCUUCCCCCCCAGCCAGCCCCUGCCACGCCAGUAGGGGUGACGCAGCAUCACCAGGUGUCAAAAUAACCCUCAAAUCUAGUCCUGUCGCUAAGCGGAAAAAAACAGAACAGUUCAAUGUACAGAGUAGUUAUGUUGGUGUUAGAGAGAACCAGGAGGAGGUUGUGACUGUUGAAGCGGGCAAUGGCGAGAACUUGAGCCUCCGCGGUGAGAACCUGAGCCUCCGUGGUGAGAACCUAAGCAUCCGCGGAGAUCACCCGGCCCCGCAGGUGGUGUUAGUGCCCUCCCAUGAGCCUGCGCACCAACCGGAAGUCACACCCCAUACGCCACAGCCUUACGCUAGUCACCACGGUCCCAUCACCGCGUCGGAGGGGGUCCUGUACUCGGUCUCAGGGACGGCCAUCUACGCGGGCACAGCGCAGGUCAGCUCGUCGAGCAGAGGGGAGCAGGUCACCAGAGAAGUGUACCCACAGGGCGACCAGUAUCACAGCAGCGACGAGGGGAAACCCUUUCCUGGGCCCCCCGGGUCCGCGCAACCGCAUGCCGAGGCUUCAAUGACCAUAAAACUGGAGCCCACCAGUGCAGGAGUGUCUGCCGAGACCUGGGAAGGGAGCAACCAGAGCUACGAGGAUGGAGGGGGAGGCAUUGGGGGGAGUGGGAGUGGGCCUGGGGUAGUGCCAACGAGCAGUGACCCCCUCACUAUGCAGCUCCCCCUCCAUUCGGAUAUGACCGAAUCCUCGCAGCUCCACGACUCCUCGAGAGGCAUAGCAGCGUUGCGCAGACUAGGCCGGCCCCACCCCUGCCCGUUCUGCAACAAAGUCUUCCCCUUCAAGUCCAUCCUUCGCAACCACUUGAGAAUACACACAGGGGAGAAGCCCUAUGCAUGUCGAGUGUGCGGGCGGUCAUUCAAUCACUGCAGUAACUAUUAUAAACACGAAAGAGCUUGUGCCUUGAAGCUUGCAGAGUCUGCUGAGGAUCAGACGGCAACUGCCUCAACAGUUCUGGGUGGAGACCCACAGGGAGAGGUCUGGGGGGAGCCUAGGGAUGCCUCUUCUCAGUUACACAGUUCCCAGUAUCAGCAGCAAAGCACUAGUCAGCAACUAACAGCUCAGCAUACUCAUUCCUCUCACCACUCCCUACAUGCAUUCCCCUCCCUUCAGCAGCAACAUUCCCACCCAUCAACGUCGCAAAUCCAGCCCUCCGUGCAGCUGACACCAUCCUCGCAACAGCCUUCACCCCUCUCCUUAGGACCCCAAGGCCACAACCCUCAGUACCCUUCUCGUUCGUCUAACAGCACCCACCAACCCUCCUCCUCAAAACCCUCACCUCCCACGUCAUCUCACGCGCCUCAGCACCGCAUUUCCAUAAUUCCUCAGCUGCCCCUGAACUCCCCUCACUCGGAGGACCGCCCCCGAGAGUCCCCGUCACAUGAGCAAAGCAAAAAUGUAAUGGAAGCGGGGACAAAUCCAUGAUGUAGAUACAUGUAGGGAGAAGAGCGAGGCAUCCACGAUAUCAGAAAGUGGGAAGAACUUGAGGCAUUACCAAGGGGAAGGUGUUUUCCUUUUCCUCCGUUUUUUGUUCCACUUGAGUGUAGAUCUGAGUAAUCAUUUUCCCCAAAAUACCAAUGGUUUUCAUGAAUGUGAUAUAUGAUAUCCUGGUAUUGCAGUAAGAAAAUUUAUAUAUUAAAGCAAUUUUGUAAAUACAAAAUCAAAAUGAAUUUAAAUGUUUAUUUUGUAGUAAAUUCAGUACUCUAUUUCUAGGGCAAGUAUCAAGUCAGAAAACUAUUAAGAUUCAGUAUGAUAAAGGUUAAUGUAAGAAAUGUAUAUCUAGUGAUUGGAUGUUUGUAAUUCUUUGCAUAUAGAUUUUUUUCUUUUCUUUUUUAAUGAAGAUAAAAUGUGUACAUUUGUC